CAAAUAUCAAAAUCAUUUCAAUAUGGCGGCGCCCAUGUCUCCAAUAUGUCACAACAUUUGCAAUAAUCAAUUUCAUCUCAAUUGAAAUUCAUGUUUUCAUUUUCAGUCUGUAAUUGAGCAGAAUCAAAUCAAGAAGAAAACUAUGGCGACCAAUUCUCCGAAGAAGACGCAGAGAGUGAAACCAAAAUCAUAUUCCACAUGCCUGUUAUAUAAUACAACAGAAGCACAGAGCAAGCUCUCAGGCAUCACAUUGGCCAGUUGUAACCCGAGCCUUAAAUCUAGAGUACAGAAUGUAGUGAAUACAGUUUCAGAAGUUGAAGAAGUGGCUGCACCAGCACCAGAACUUCUACAGUUGACGGUGUCAGACAAGAUGUCAUGUAAUUACUGCGAUGCUGUGUUUGCUCAUAGAGUGGAACAGAAGAGGCACUAUAGGUCAGACUGGCACAGAUAUAACCUCAAGCUUCGGCUGAAAGGUAAAGACAGAGUUAGCGAGGAACAGUUUGAAGAUAUCUCAGGUAACAUAUCCAGUUUGUCUGGAAGUGACUCAGACAGUGAAGCAGAUACUGAUACUGACAAAGAGUCUAAAACAGGAAGUGGUAAAAAACUGCCUGGUUCUCCUCAUAGACGUAUACACUCUGGUAAUACAAGUACUGACAGUGAAAGUGAAUCUGGAAACCAGACAGAAGAUGUUGCUAGAAGGCUACCAAAGGUUUAUUUUAGAAAUAAAAAUGGAGACUUAUUGUCAAUAUACAGAUGUGUUCUCUGUCAUAAGAAGUCGCAUCCAAGCCAGCAAGAAGACCUUGUUACCUUGGCAACCAGUGUCCCUGACCAGAUGAACUGGGCAGUUUUCAUGGCAGCAGGUGGGCACUUUGCUGGAGCAGUUUUCAAUAAAAAUCAAAUGGUAGCACACAAAACAUUCCAUAGAUAUGUUGUUCGAGCAAAGAGGGGAACAGCACAAGGUAGCCGAGACAGCCAGGGCAAUGCUCCAAAAUCAGCAGGGGCGACAUUAAGAAGAUACAAUGAGGCAGCCCUUACACAGGAAAUUCAAGAACUAAUUGCAUCAUGGAGUGAACACAUUCAGAGCUGUGACAGGAUAUUUUUGCGGGCACCAAGCUUCAACAGAAAGAUUUUCUUCUCUGGAAAGUCACCUCCAUUGAAUAAAGAUGAUGAGAGAAUACGACUGAUACCAUUCCAGACUAGACGUCCUACAUUUAAUGAAGUUAGGAGAGUGUAUGAGAUGUUGGCAUCCAUAGAAUGUUAUGGUGAUGAGACAGACAUGCAAGACCUGGUUCCUAUCUCACCACCACAAGUCUUCAAUCCAGAGACAGGGCAACUGACACCCAGGGAUGAGACUCAGCUCACUCCAAGACAGCGUAAACUUCUUAACAGGAGACUAGGAACCAGUCCUUUGGCAAUGGAGGAAAAUAAAGCUUCUAGUGAUGCUGAUGAGAAAUCAUCUCUUGAUAAAGAUACAGAAAAAACAGCUGAUGGGGAUGAUAGAAAGGAGUUGAAAUCUUUCUUGCCAGGACAUGUGUUGGAGGACGAACAUAUGUCAUCUGGAACAUCAACAGCCAGCGAUACAGAACUAGUUGAAACCAUGACAACUAUCAACUUUAUGGAACUGAAAGAGUUUGCAUACACGAAAAAGCCGAAGAAGAAGAAAAAGAGUGCCAAGAAGAGAACAAAUUCUCUGAAAUGUCAAACAGAACCGGAGACAAAUGUCAUGGAGGAAGAGAAGUACCAUUUGAAGAACAGUCUGUACACAGCAUGUAAAGUUGGAGAUAAGGAGGCCCUUAAAAGUCUUCUAGCUAUCUUGUAUGCACCCCAAGUUACUGUUGAAGGUCAGACUAAGGAAGGUCAAGGUCAGGAGUCUGAGGAAAAGGAUGGUGAUGUUACAAAUGAUUCUGAGCCUCAACAGCUUAGAAAAGACAAUAACUGUGAUAAACCUUUUAAUGAAAACAGUGACAAAGAAAUAGAGAAAACAGCAUGCUCUCUAUCUCAGGAAGAAAAUAUAAAACAAACUAUUGACUCAGAUAUAAUUGUUAACCAGCAGAGUAAAAGUUGUUCAGCAAGUGAUCUCUUUAAAAAUGAAAUAGAGCAAACCAACACAAUUCCAAGAUCUACAUCUACUGAUAUAAAUUCUGGUAUAAAUUUGGCAGAAGAAGCAGGUUACCAAAAAGAUAAUUCUGGGAACUCUGAUUUCCAAGCAAAUGUAGAUGACAGCACUAAUGUGAAGGUGACGGGUGACCAACCUGAUAAUAUGUCAGAAGAAAUUGUAGGAAUAAACAAAACUGAUAGUACUUUUCAACAUGAAAACAGUUCUGAAAAUUCCAAUAUUUCAAAUGUAGAAACAGGUAUUAAUGUAGCUGUAUAUUCCAAAUCUCAGACUGACAUACAUACAGAGAAAGCCUCACUGCAUCUAGUCACCACCAGUUGCAUUUCCAGUGUCACAGGAACGUGGCCUGACUUUUCCCCAGUUGUCACUCCGGGGCUACUUACAGAACCCUUUGGAGAUAACAAUACAACAUUACUACAUGUUGCAGCAAAGGAGGGCCAGGGAGCAAUAAUUAGAAUACUUAUGGAAUCAGGGGCUAACCCUGCUGUCAGGGACAAAGGUGGCCUUACACCAUACAUGGUAGCAAAAGAUAAAGCAACCAGGAAUGAAUUUAGAAGAUUUAUGGGAAAAUGGCCAGAUAAAUACGAUUAUGAAAAGGCUCAGAUACCAGGUCCACUCACUGAAGAAAUGGAGAAUGAGAGAAAAAGGAAGGAUGCAGAAAGGAAGAAGGCACAAAAGAAGGUGAAACAGGAACAACAGAAAGAAAAAAGAAAAGAGGAGGAAAAGCAGAAAGCUGAGGAGAGAGAAAAACAGAGAUUCCUAAACCUUUCAGAUAGAGAAAAGAGAGCUUUAGCUGCUGAGAAAAGACUGGUUUCACAGGUUACAAGUCAGGGUGCAGCAAAACCAGUACUGAGCCGAUGUUUCCAGUGUGCAUCAGACAUGACGGGGAAGGUGCCGUUUGAAUAUUGUGAUAAUAAAUUCUGCAGUUCCAAAUGUCUGCAACAACACAGAAAGUCACAGAAAAAAUCUUGAGACUAUGUUUAGUAGUUGAAUAACAUUUUUAAAUUAUUCAUAAGUUGUGAUAUUAAUGUAGAGUGUCUGCAGCUGCUAAGAAAAUUUAAAAGGAGUCCUGAAAACAUUGUAUAGGUGGAAAUUGUUUUAGAUGAUUAUGGUAAAUAUUUUUUGUUGCAAAAUUUAGAAAAAUCCAUUUUUGUGCUGCCUUUUACUUAUUUAGAUUUCUUAAAGCUAUCCAAUCAUAGAUAUGGUGACAAUUUUCAAUGUUGUCUUCUAAUUAUAUUAAGUGUAAAAUAUGUGUCAUUAAGAGAGAGAGACUAAAAUAACUGAAGUCUGAUAUUAAUAAUGUUUAAAAAAAAAAAAAUGCAGAAUGUUGAGUGUUGUAAUAAGGAAAAACAUUAUGUUAGUCUUUGUGAUAUAUUAUGAAUUAUGCUACGUUGUGA